CACCACCGCGCAAUUCUGGAAGUGAGGGAGAGGCGCCAUUUUGUUUGUGUGAGGACGGUGUUGGUGUGCGUUUCCUUCACCCUUCGGUUCAUCGUUGAGUAUAAGUGGCAGAGGUGUGGAAAGCAAGCAUUCCAUUUUCUCCUCGUACGACUUGGUCGGGACAGGAAAGUAGAUGAAGCACUCAAAACGAACCCAUGGCUCAGAUCGAGAAGAUAGGAGCUGGGAUGAAGAGAAGAGUACAUAUAGCCAAAAGCGUAGAAGAUCUCAUAGCAGUGAAAAAGAUCGCAAACAUAAAUCACAUAAAACUGCAGACAGUAGCUACUUGGAUGAUAGAUCCAUACAUGAGCGAGACCAUCAUGAUCGGAGAUAUGUUGAGGAAUAUAAGAAUGACUUCAAGGAUAUAGAUGACCAAAAAUAUAACAGAGAGUAUGAAAAGAGUCAUCAGCAUCACUAUAGCAAAUCUUCUAAUCGAAGCAGGAAAAGUACCCAUAAAAGAAAGCAUAAGAAACAUGACCACAGUUUGAAGAGCCACCGAAGGAAAAGAUCCAGGAGUGUAGAGGAUGAUGAGGAGGGUCACCUGAUCUGUCAAAGUGGAGACGUUCUAAGAGCAAGAUAUGAAAUUAUUGCUACUUUAGGGGAAGGUGCUUUUGGAAAAGUAGUAGAAUGCAUUGACCACCAUAUGAGAGACAUACAUGUAGCUAUUAAAAUAGUUAAAAGUGUUGGUCGAUACAGAGAAGCCGCUCGUUCAGAAAUUCAGGUAUUAGAGCAUUUAAAUACCUUGGAUCCUGGCAGUACCUUCCGUUGCGUACAGAUGUUGGAAUGGUUUGAACAUCAUGGUCAUGUUUGCAUUGUGUUUGAACUACUGGGACUCAGUACCUAUGAUUUUAUUAAAGAAAAUAGUUUUUUGCCUUUUCCUAUUGAGCUCAUUAGGAAGAUGGCUUAUCAGAUUUCUCAGUCCAUAAACUUCUUGCAUCACAAUAAGUUGACUCAUACAGAUCUGAAACCUGAAAAUAUUUUAUUUGUAGAGUCUGAUUAUGUAGUAAAGUACAAUUCUAAAAUGAGGCGGGAUGAACGCACACUAAAAAACACAGAUAUUAAAGUUGUAGAUUUUGGAAGUGCAACGUAUGAUAAUGAGCACCAUAGUACCUUAGUGUCUACAAGGCAUUACAGAGCACCUGAAGUUAUAUUAGCACUUGGGUGGUCCCAGCCUUGUGAUGUCUGGAGCAUAGGAUGCAUUUUGAUAGAAUAUUAUCUUGGCUUUACAGUCUUUCAGACACAUGAUAGUAAGGAACAUCUGGCAAUGAUGGAAAGGAUACUAGGACCUUUACCAGUGCAUAUGAUUAAAAAAUCAAGGAAACGUUAUUUCCACAAAAAUCAACUGGACUGGGAUGAACACAGUUCUGCAGGUCGCUAUGUUAGGAGACGAUGUAAACCAUUAAAGGAAUUUAUGCACUGCCAUGAUAAAGACCAUGAGAAUCUUUUUGACCUUAUUCGUAGGAUGUUGGAGUAUGAUCCAGCCAAGAGAAUUACUCUAGAUGAAGCAUUAAAACAUCCUUUCUUUGAUCCUCUGACAGAAAAAGAACUCAGUUAAUCUUAUCUUCCUUAAAGGAGGUGAUCCAGACUGUGUUGGUUAACGUCUAAGCCUAGAUUCAAGUAACUUUGGGGAUUUUUCUUCCCUUCCCCUCCUGACUGCAGUGUUCAGUACUGUGUUUUUGGAGUGUAUUGGGGGAUACAUUGGGGCUGCAUUGGAGAGGCAUCUCCUGUUCUGCAGAUGGAACAGUUCCCGGAGCGGAUGUCCCAUUGGAUUUAGGUCAUCACAUGAGUUGUAAAUAAUAAAUUAUUUUGUACAGUUAUUUGUGUAAGUACAUCCAUGCAUUUUGUAUUGAUGCUGUGUAUCUUGUUGAACUGUUACGGUCUUGAUCAUGGAUACACUAAAUAUAAACUUUUUUCAUUUUUCACAA